AUGGCCCUAAACACCGCGCCCACCAAAGCUACCUCAGCACAGAAAUACCCGUGUUCGAUGUGCAACAAGAAGUCAUUCAAAUCGAAAGAAGCUCUUGGGGACCAUCAAAUUGCUCGACAUGCUCAUUCUUGUAUUAAGUGCGAGGAGAGGUUCAACAGCGCGGAGAGCUUAGCUCAACAUAUGAAGGACAAGGAUCAUAACACAAAGAAGGCAAAGGCACUACCUCAGUCUGCAGCCCCAACACCACGGCCUACACCAGCAAUGUUCCCUUGCACUAAAUGCAACAAGAAAUUCAUGAGUGCAGACAGCGUGGCUCAGCAUCUAAAGGACAAAGAUCACAGUAAACAGAAAGCGAAGGCAAACUCAACACCAGCAAUUCCCCCCAGACACAAAUUACAAACAGCAAAAUCCCAAGCACCGCAGCUACAAGUCCACAAGCAAGAUCCUCAGCCGGUGAAGCCAACCCCAGCAACAUCAGCAAGUAACACAGGGCAACUACCUCCCAUCAAGGGAUCGAGUCAGGUACACCAAAAAUCAACAAUUCUAGACCCCCUAGAGCAAGACCUACUCUUCAAGUACCUACUGGCAAGAUGCCACCCAACCCCCCGUCUAAAAGCACAAGGAUAUACCAUCCCAAACAAAGACAUUACAACAAACAACGCCAAAUGUCUGUACUCCGGCAUGCCGCAUACAGCACACGCCUACCCCAGCCCACCACACACACCAUCCAAGACACGAAAAGCCCUAGUCCUGGCCACCAAAAUAACGAAAACAAAUGACAUCGACACUAUCGAAUUCAUGACGGUCAUCGAUUUCCUAACCGCUGAAAUUCUGUACGACAGUAUACCACCACAAGAACCGAUACAAAAUGAGAAUUUGGACGUGACGGAAGAUGGAACGCGGCGUGCGCGGAAUGUCUUAGACCAAUACGUCGAUGAGAAUACCAUUCUCAUAGGACAUGGUCUAAAUAAGGAUCUUAACACCUUAAACAUGUUUACGACGCGGAUUGUGGAUGUAGCGAUUGUGACCAGCGAGGCGGUAUUUGGGCCACUCUUUACUAACCGGUCUUUGGGGAAGAUUUGGGAGUUGGAGGUUUUGACGGAGGAGAUGCUCGGUUGGGGUGAGAUGGGGAUUGAUGGAGGGAGCGAGAGUUGUUUGUGGGACGCGCUUGCUGUGAGAGAGGUUCUGCUUUGGUGUCUUAAAGGACCGGAGUGCUUGAGGGUUUGGGCUGAGAGGGCUAGAGCUGAUUGUUUUGAACAAGUUAAGGGGUGGGAAGAUUUGGAGGGGGAUAGCGAGGGUGAAUUUGAGGAUUUUGACUGCGUUGGCAGAGACGACUUGGUGGACUGA